CACUUAUAUCUCAUUUCAUAGAAUAAAUGAAUAUGACCUACAUUAUUUAGCUUACUAACAUAAAACACAUAAUAUUUAAUAAAAGCACAGGUUUAAUUUAAAAACCCAAAUUAAAAAUUUUCGUUUUUAAUUUUAAUUCCAACCGCCGAAAACGCUGUCAGCCAUGAUGUGACGUCAUUCAACUUGUAAACAAAUAAACGUCAUCCAUAUGUGGUGUUUCUAAAAUUCUAAAUUCUUCCAGAAAUACUCCUAAUCAAGUUGUUGGAUUCUUAUUACUACGCUUUUAUUUUAUUGAUAGCAUAGAUAAUCUAUAGACCAAUAUGGCGGACACUGUUUCGUUGUCGCUCGUUUAUGAAAAGCAAAUUUUAAAUUACAGUUUGGAGGUUUCAUUGAUGUCAAAAAAAUAUAGAAAUAAUUUCUUUCUUGAAAAAAAGUCAACUAGCCUAUUUAAACAUCGUCUGUCACCAACGUAGUGCAGUGACCCAUAAAACCGCGUACUUUUAGUAGAAAAACGUGCACGUAUGUCACUUACUUCAAAAAUGUAUAUGGCAACAUUUUCCGUUUCUGAACGUGUGACAGUUUGCAAUCAUCUUGUUUUCAUUUUGACAAAUGUUUGAAUUUGAAAGCUUGCGUUUGAAAUUUAACGACACUGUUCAAAAGAAGUUAGUUUUGUGCGUUGUUUAAAUAAUUAUUUGAAAAUAAUGGCUCGAAAUUUUGUGACGAAUUUUCGUGGUGAAAUGUAUUACACACCGAACGGAAAAUUGCCUAUAAAGGACGAACCUGCCACACCAUUGGAGGAAGACUUCGGUAUUGAGGAAGAUUUUGGUGAUCACAAUACAUUUGAUCGUUCUUUUGAAAAUGGUUUAGGUACAAUGAGGAAAUCUUUAUCAAUGAAUGAUAUUGCUAAACUUAGACAAGAUAUGGUUAAACUGGAAUUUGAAGAAAAAGAAGACAUCUAUCAACGAUAUAGGCGGCCAACUUAUACUCCACAUGAGUUAUCCAAAACAAAAUUUGUGUCAAUGGCUGAAGCUAUUUAUCAUUAUCAAAGGGACACACCAGGUCGCUUCCACUCCAAGAAGCCUGAAAGAUUUCGAUCUCAAGGGUAUACAGGCCCUUCUGGCCUUACCGUACCUCAGUCACCAAUGCUUCGCUGUAAAGCUAGAUCUCGACCACACCAACACAUACCGUCGCAACAAGAACGAGAAGAACAGGAGAUUGAAGAGAUUAGGAAACACAAAAUCAAAGCUCAUCCUAUUCCUAAAUCAGUUAUUGAAGGUACACAUCUACCAGAAGUUCCCAAGAAACCUAUUACUAUUCCAGAGCCAUUUAACCUUACAGAACAUCAAAAGAAAAUGAUGCAUUCGCCAAAUACUGUCCCAAAAUUUAAGGCAAGGCCUGCUCCUAAACACAUUCUUGAAAAACCUGAUAUUCCUGUCAAACCUCCAGUGCAAGUAACAAAACCAGUUAGUCCCAAGUUUCAUUAUAAACGAGGGAAAUCAUCUGAGCAGCUAAAGUGUGAUCACAAAGAACGUUUAUAUUCAAAGUCUGCUGAAAAACUUCCCCAGAAAUCACAGAGACAUGGGCCAGUACGACCUGAACCAUUUUCAUUUGAAAAACGUGAUGAGGAACUAAAGAAGCGUAGGGAAGAAAGAAUUAGGCGCCAAAUUGAAGAAGAAAAGAAACAAGCUUCUCAAUUUAAAGCUCAACCUUUACCUGGAGCUGUGAAGAAACGAAUGGCAAGUCUCCUGAGUAAAGGAGGAGCAUCGUCAAAUUCUUCUGAUAAUAAAGAAAACCACGUUAAAUUUGAAGCCAAGCCAGCAAAAGUGCUAUUUAAAGAACCAUUUAAACCAAUUCUGUCGCAACAAAAGCCUGUCCUACCAGCACCAUUUGCUUUAACAACUGAGAAAAGAGCUGCGGAACGUGAGAAAUUUGAGCAGCAGUUAAAAGAAAAGGAGGAAGAACAAGAAAGACUGAGAUUGCAGAGAGAGAAAGAACAACAAGAGGCUGAAGAAAAAGCAAAGGCAGAAUUAAGAAUGAAGCUUGUUCAUCAUGCAAAACCUGUACCAUCUGUGUCACCUUUUGUUCCGGAGAAAUCUGUUGCUCCCCUUACAGUUCCUGAGACCCCUAAGUUUGUUAGGAGAUUGCGACAAAAUUAGUUCUGGUUAAUAAUAGUAUUUGUGGUUUUGAUAUUAGAUAGUAUUGGAAAGUAAAGUUUGGGACUUUGUUGUGCAAACAUUAUCAUGUUGGAUUUGAUAUUAAUUUCUUAAAUAUAUACUUAGUAUAAUGUAAUGUACUGACAUUUUAUGUUAUUUGUGGGACAUCUUGUUAUUAUGAUUUAUGAUUAUAAUAUAAAUACCAACACUGUAACUAGUUAUGUUCAUUGUCUGUAUGAUUUUAUUUUAAGGUUUGAUAUUAAAAUGUAUCUAAUAAAAUUGUUUUUUUCUUUCAAUAGUUAUAUACUAGUCUUGAAAAAUAAAUCUUCUUCUAAUAUAAUGCUUAAUUGAUUAAGACGUACCAUGUUGGUUUACCACAUUUAAAUAAAUAGUUUGAUCCGAUGUGGUUUGGGUACCCCUAUAAAGUUUGCAGAGGUUUGGCCGGAGUCGCUUCAUGUAAAAACCUGACUUACUCAAAUCAAUGAAUGGCCAUAGCCACACACUAGGCUCCUCCUCCUCUACAAAGAAAUGAUGGCUCUUUGAAGCGAAU